AUGGCCAAGUCAUCCAAACCUGCCACUGGCUCACACGGGGUCAGGGAUAAUGCCGGAAAGUUUGACCGAGACGCUAGCGUCUCCAAGAGAACCAAUGGUUACAAAACUAAAGACAAGAAGCUAAGAGCAGGGCUGAAACGAAUCGAUGAUCAAUAUAAAGAUGCAGUCUCUUCCGCUGCUGCCACGGAGUAUCUAUUGCCCGAGUCCAGUGGAUUUUUGGAAGCCGAGGAUGAGAUGGAAAAGACAUUCAGGGUUAAACAGGACGAAAUUAAGAGUGCGGUUGACGUCACAACGGCGAACAAGGCACUCGAUCUUAAACUGACGAAUUUUGGACCAUACUCAGUGAAUUAUUCGCGUAACGGAACGCACUUGCUAGUAUGCGGAAAGAAGGGCCAUGUCGCAUCCAUGGACUGGAGGAAGGGCGAGUUGCGCGCGGAACUUAACCUCAAUGAAACAUGCCAGUCUGCAAUUUAUCUUCAAAAUGAACAGUACUUUGCAGUCGCGCAGAAAAAGUACACAUUCGUAUACGAUCAUGAAGGUGUAGAGUUGCAUCGACUCAAACAACACAUCGAAGUCAAGCAUAUGGAGUUCCUGCCAUACCACUACUUAUUGGCUACCGCGGGCCAAACCGGCUGGCUUAAAUAUCAGGACGUUACCACUGGCCAGCUACAAGCGGAGCUCAGGACAAAAUUGGGACCUACGUCUGCCAUGGCACAAAAUCCAUGGAAUGCCAUAAUACAUCUGGGACAUAGCAACGGUACUGUCACGUUGUGGGCUCCUAACAUGCCUACACCCCUAGCGAGACUACUUUCUGCUCGCGGUCCCAUCACCAGCAUUGCAAUCGAUAGACAAGGCUACUACAUGGCCACCACGGGAGCCGACAAGUCUUUAAAGCUGUGGGAUAUCAGAAAUUUCCGUGAAUUGCAUACUAUCGAAAACCUUCCAACUCCAGGAUCGAACCUCGCGAUAUCUGACACCGGCUUACUGGCGCUCUCAAGGGGCCCACACGUCACCUUAUGGAAGGAUGCUUUCAGGUCAAACAAAAGCUCUAGACCAUGCUUCGGGUCCAGCGGCUUGCCAGACCGCAACACCCCCUACAUGUCCAGUAUGUUCCCUGGAAAUAAAGUCAACAACAUGCAAUUCGUGCCCUUCGAAGAUCUACUCGGUGUGGGGCACGGAACUGGUGUCCGUAAUCUAAUUAUACCUGGAGCAGGAGAAGCCAAUUACGAUGCUUUGGAGGUCAACCCCUUCGAGACUGCAAAGCAAAGACAAGAACAGGAGGUCAGGACGUUACUCAACAAGUUACCUGCGGAUUCUAUCGCUUUGGACCCUACCGUUAUUGGAACUGUCGACAAACGUGCUUCAGCUACUAGGCUCAAUGCUAAGGACUUGGCAGAAAUCACCAACGCCAAAGCACUUGAAUCUAAAACAAAUAAAGACAUUCCUCAGGUAAUGCCCUCAGUAAAGGGCAAGAACUCUGGGCUCCGCUCAUUUUUACGCAAAAAGACCCAAAAUGUCAUUGAUGAAAGAAAGCUUAGGGUUAAUGCUCAGUUAGAAAAAGAGAAGGCCGCUCGCCAACGUAAAGAAAUGGUGAAAAGGGGAGAAAUUGAGGAGGGACAUCAAGACUUGGUCAACGAAGCCUUGAGUAGGUUUGGAUGA